AUGUUGGAAAGAAUCUUUUGCGGAGAAGACGCGAUGUUCGAGAAGCCAAUGUCCUUCGAUUGUUGGUAUUCGGUUAUUAAUUCAACAAAUUCCACUGCUGUCCGUAAAGCAACAGCACAUGAAUGUCUAUUCUCCAAAGUAGCUGGCAUAAUCCUACUUCUUGUCGCUUCUAUCUCAUUAAUAGCCAUUAUAUGCUCAUUAAAAUCUGCCAAAACUCACUUUCGUAUUUCUCUACAAGAUCAAAAGCUGACCACAGGAAUGUUCAUUUCGUCUCUGUUCGUUAUUCUUAUCAGUACACCGCCAGUUCUUACGCAGUGUUUUCUUUGUCAUCGGUUAUGUUCACAGUUCAUUUGUCGACUAGAAGGUUUCAAUUCAUUCUUCAACGGUUGCGUCACAAUGUAUAUGCUCGUGGCAUUAUCUCUUGUUCGCUAUGCCACAACCGCUAAUUCGCCGUUUUCAAUACAUUUCCAACGUCAAAUCAAGAGUAGACAUUUUCUACUAGUAUUCAUUUGCACUUUCAUGGCUGGCGUCUGGGCCGUUCCACCUAUAUUCGGUCGUCUAAGUGCGUAUGUACCGGAAGGUCUUGGUUUCCAUUGUGGCCUUGAUUGGUUCGAUCGGUCAUUAUCGAGCCGUCUCUAUUUCUUCUUACUGUUUGUCUGUGUUUACUUCAUUCCUUUAAUUAUUAUCAUAUCGAUUAACAUUAGUAUUCAACGAACAAUCUAUCGUUUAGCGCAUCUCUAUCCGGUUCUUUCGCUCGGAGCAUAUGAUCAAAACAGUGAAGAUAUGCUUCGACGACAUAUUUCUACUGAUUUAUGCGAUCAAACUUUGCGGCGCUUGCAACAUCUUUAUGAAGACCGACGAUUUGUGAUAGCAACAGGUGUUAGCGUAGUGAUCUAUUUGAUCGCAUGGACACCGUACGGUCUUAUGGCAUUAUCGCAAAUAUUUGGUAGAAGUUUUUCAUUGGGUGAGCCAUGGAUUGUAACAGCAUGUGCAUUGAUAGCCAAGCUGUCCAUGAUUUUGAAUCCGGUUAUCUAUACGAUUUUGCUAAAAACUCGCGAGACACCUGAAAUAAUUCGCAAUGAAGGUCAUCUUUAUUAA